AUGGACGAUCUGCGGCCGAACCUGGUCGGCGGUCUGCUCGGCCUGCAGCAGGGCCUGCUGGACGAUCAUGCGGCCCUCGCGCACGGCGGCAACCUGGCCGCCCAGCACAAUGCCGGCCAGGACAGCAAGUUCAUGGCGCUGCAGGACAACCGGCUGAUGGGCAUCGGGGCGCACGAGAACCGGCUGCUCGGGCUGGGCGGCCAGGACCACGGCCGAGGCGGUCUAGGCGGCCCGGGCGGCGGUGCGAACGGGGACAAGUCCCUCGGUCAGCAUCGGAAGUGUAGCAGCACACCGGAGGACUUCAGCGCACUGUACGGGGGACUGUCCGGUACGCCCAUCAGUGACCAUCACCAUCACCACACGCCAGCCCACACCCCUCCGAACCGGCUGUCGGACAAUGGGUCCGUUACGGCGGAAGGUGCAUUUAAAAAACUAAAACCCGAACCAAACAGCGGCCCGCUCGGUUCCUCCGUCCCGGGUGGCAUUUCGUCGCCCGGAAGCGGCAUCUCAGGGUUGCCCCAGCAUGCUGGCCACACGCCCACCACAGCAUCCUGCCCGACACCGGCCCGAAGGCGACACCGAACUACCUUCACUCAGGAACAAUUAGCAGAAUUAGAGGCGGCCUUUGCGAAAUCACACUAUCCGGAUAUCUACUGCCGGGAGGAGCUAGCGCGUACCACUAAGCUGAACGAAGCCAGGAUACAGGUUUGGUUUCAGAAUCGAAGAGCAAAGUACCGAAAGCAGGAGAAGCAGCUACAGAAGGCGCUCGCCCCCUCGGUCAUACCGUCCUGCAAUGGCAUGAUGCGCAACAUCCAGGGCUACAGCGUUUCGAGAGGUUAUCAACCGUAUCCACAUCCAAAUUCAAUCAACCGGUAUCCCCAGGACCUGUUCCAAAUGGGAGCCUCAUCCUAUCCGGGCAUGACGCAGCCAUUCUCGAUGACGCACGGUUCCAAUAUGGGUGCCGUUGGCGUUCGCCAGGACUCGAUGGGAAUGACGGCCGAGGACGAAUGGUACAACAAAAGCUUAUCGGCACUGCGAAUGAACAGCUCCCAUCAUCCGAAUCUGUCCGCACCGAUGCUGCAAUACCAAACAUAAUUAAUGUAGAUCAAAUGAAUACCAAACAGUAGAACACACCCACAGGCACACACCCACACACAUCCAGCCACAAACUUCCGCUCUGCGCUGCGUCGAGCCAUCAAACCCCUCCCACCCAUAAGGAAACAGGACAACAGCACAUCGGAACCAGGCGGGGUGGUGGUGGGUGCAUCAGAAACCUGCCCCGUUUAACCGAGUGUCAUCAUGCUGCAACGAGCAGCGAAAAUGCAUCGAACUGCAACGGGACAAUGCAGUUGCUCACCAACCCACCAUUCUUGCCUAAACCCCAUCAUUCCCGGGGCUCGAGUUUUGUGGGUAAGCCCCCAGCGCCAUGUUGCCGAACGCCAUCUACCCUUCCUCAUUCGCCAGCACCUAACGUCGACACGCACAUCACUCAGUGCCAACAUGGCCCGGAAAUAGCCAUUAUUUUUCUGGCUCACCCUUUGCUUCGUCCUGUCAACACUGAUCCUCGCAAAAACAAAAUGAAUUCCAAUUCACUUUUAUGUUUCAUUGUUAUUGAUGAUGGAGAUUUUUCAUCAUCAGGCUACGCGCCCACCCCCACACACAUUUUGCCUAUUAUUGACCAAUGAACGUUAAACAGAACGAGAGACAAAGAAAGACGGCGAGAGAAAGAGAAAAAAGGGAAAAAACUCCGGAAAACCGUUUAGUGUCCCGGCUGGUCGGAAAAUGCUAAUUUGAUUUAAUUUAUUGCGUGCGGCAACGAAACAGCACUCGCUUGUGCGUCUCGGUGUGCGUAUAGAAAGGAUGUGAGGAAAAAGCACAACAAAAGCCUAUCAACUCUGCAAUUGUUGGUGGCGUUCAUCGUGCGUGUAACGUUUUUGCGCAACAAAACUCACCAUAAUUGGCGCUCAUCACAUGCCGUCUAUGGCCGAUGCCGAAGGAACUUGGAAUGAGUGGGGACCUGGUUACAGGCACUACAACAAUGAAAAAGACACCAUGGAUGCGGUCGGUUGACAGCGGAGAAGACACAACUAUCACAUACUAUCGUCUAAUGCACCUUAUGAAAAAUCAAAACUAACUUCCCCGUUUACACGCGAGGAUGCAACAGGAACAGGAGGGAACCUGGCAAGACAAGCAGACAAGGAAUGAUGGCGGUACGUUGCACGUUGUCCCGUGUUCACUUCAGUCAUUCCACUUUUCAUCCGUACCUCAUCAUCCAAAAAGAAGAAAGUGAAAGGUGGUGGUCAUUUUCUAACCUAAGCAAUUCAUUCAUAAACCAGAAUACACACAAAAACAUACACAAAAAGGUCGAAAAGGAGGUAUUUAAAGAGAAUGAUCUUCACUCGGCGGAAAUGGGGAGAAACACAGACCCAAAAGCGCAACAAAUCAAUAGACCCUUCCGAUUUGCUAUCCGAACGUGUGUCCCACAGACCACAAGGCCCAUCGUUCGAUCUAAGCGUAUGAAAAUGAAAACAUAGCUAAAUUAUUUUAUUUAACACAGUGCACGAAAAUUAAUGCAGCAAGCAGGUAUGCGCGUGCCACGUGCCAAGCAGUACCGCGAAGGAAAACACUACCAGCGAUCUAGUUGACCGUGAUGGCCGUGGUGGUUGCCAUGGAUAUUACGGUGUUGGAAGGGUUGGAAUGGAUUGACUGGUAGGAAGGAAACAGUGUGGUAUGUGUGUCACCUUCGAGCACACUGCAUUCCCGCACACACACACAGCACAUACAAUCUGCCAAUGCUGCAACCAUACUUGUACAUAGAACAAUAACGUGUAGUAAGGAAUAUUGCGGAUAAAAGAAGAAGAAGAAACUCCACGAAUACUAUAAACCAGGGCUAAUACCAGCUGCUGCUAGUAUUGUAAUGCUCAGUAUAACUAAUGGGAAAUAUGUGGGAAUAGCGGGAUAAGCAAAGCACAAAGCAUGAGCAAUGAGCAACACAAAUCCAAAAGCACCCCCAGCCAGCAAGCAUGGGGAUAGGCACGGCGGCAAAGAUAGAGAGAGAGAGCGAAGGGGGAAAACACACACAUACACACACAAAACAAUCCAGAAAAGCGUUUGAAUUUUAUGUAGAUGUAAAUAUUAUAAGGAUACAUUAAAAUUAAUACAAUCGUCAAGUAAA